CCCAGAUACAUUUAGUUCAACUCCCAGCAAAAAGUUUUGGGCAUCGAGCUAUUAUCUGUUUAAACAGCUUUAUUAUUUUCAAAAGCCAGCCAUAGCAUCUUUGUCUGAAUCCUUGGAUCAUUUGACAUAACUACAUCUGUUGCUGCUUAGUUUGGCACAUUGAAUUGUAAUAAUUAAUUAGCCCUUCAUAGAUCUCAAUAUAUAUAUGAUCAGCCUUAUUUUAUAUUCAACAGUACAGGCUUCUUAUAUUAUCUUUUUUUGGAUCAGUUUUUAAAAACAUUCGCAGAACAUGAUCCAUUUAAUUCCACUUUGGAAAUAAGCCUUCUAUCCAGCUGGACCAUGAAUCAGCCAAAGAUAUCAAUUGUACUCUCCUUUGAAGACAACAGAUAGUCACUGAAAUCUAAAGUGUGUUUAUUACUAGGGAUAGUUAUUUUAUGUAGCUGAGUGGAUCCAACAAUUAUCUGUUCAUUGAUUAGUAAGCAUACAAGUCAGCAAAUUGUCUGGGAUUUCAUGAUUGUUUUCCAAUUUGCAAAUCAGUAAUACUCAUCCACUGCAGAAUGUCUCAACCUAGUGGCUAUCAAUACCAGCCAUAUCAAAGUAAUCCUGGAUCUUUGAAAGCUGCACCUCCCUCUAUGGUUAACGGGGAGCCUAACACAACACCACAUCCUGAAAAUGGCAUUCAGUCUCCACCAUUCAGUGCCCAUGGUACACCAUCUGCUCAAUCUUCACGAGAUCCGUCGAGAGAACCAUCCAGAGAUCCUUCACCCACUCAUAAUCUCCACAACCAAUAUAGAUCGCUUGCGCCAAGGACUUCACCUAUGCCUCCAAUCAAUGGGCAGCAGAAUUCCAGUAAAAACCCAGCUGUUUUACCUCAGAGAAUGGGUCAGAUGCAAACUUACAGUCCUUCAGGCACACCUCCCCCCAUACAGAGCAUUCAAUCAAACAUAGGAAGCUCAGUUUCUAAUUCUUCAAUGUCUAGGCCACCUUAUACUUCUCCUCAACCUCUACAGCCGCCUAAUUUUCAAUCGACAUAUUCAUCAAGUUCAGUUUUAACUUCAAGCCAAAUUCAAAGUGUGGUAGAACCCUUAAACCAAAGUUUUCAAUUGCCACAUGAUCAACAAAAAGCUCCUGUUGACGACUCUGCUAGUCGUACCGGUUCAGCAACAUUGAUCAAUACAAAUCCUUCUACGACUAUGAAACAAGUUACAGCUCCUCUGAAAAACGCAACUCCCUUUGGACCCAGCUCAGGCCACAUACAACCGGCUAUUGGCCAAACGAAUCAAACGAAUCAAAAUCUGCAACCAAAUUUACAAAAUCACAGUAACAGGCCUUCAAUCAGUAAUCAAUAUGCAUUGUCGGAUGUUGCGAAAAUUUCUCCAAUUACGCAUACAGCUGCUCCUAGCUUGAGUCAACCAUCUUCAGGCAUAGUUUCACAACCAAACAGUAGUCAGCCUCUUCAAAUUCCACAUUCUUCUGCACCAGACCAACAUAGAAGUUCAACACAAAACAUCUUUGCACCAGCUUCUUCUAACUCUGCCCUAUCUUCAAAUACAACUAAUUUUACUGCGCAGCCUAUAUACAGCAGUACCCAAAAUUUAUUUGGCAGUACGCAAAACGUACAAACUAGUUCUCAGAACGUAUUGGGUACUGUUCAAACUGCCAUUCCAAGUACAUAUGCGACACAACAUCCGACCCAGAAUUCGAAUCCAAGGAGUUUGCCGAGUCUUCCUGGAUCUCAGACACAAUUUGUCUCACCAACUGCCAUUCCAAGUGCGCAGACGACACAAUAUCCUACCCAGAAUCCGAAUCAGAGGAGCUUGCCAAGUGUUCCUGGAUCUCAGACACAGUUUGUCACACCUGCACCUCCAUCAACGCAAUACUCUACUCAAAACCCUAUCCAAACAAAUGUGCCAUCUUUUUCUGGCCUUCAAACACAGUCUGUUCCACCUGUGCCACUUCCAACGCAAUACACAAAUCAAUAUUCCAAUCCACGAGCUGUGUCAGGAAGUCAACCGAAUUUGUCGGGACCACCUACAACAGUUAAUCAGAGCCAAAAUUUGUACAGCAGUCACCAAAACUUAGCUAGUCAAAGAAAAUAUCCUCAGAAUCCAUAUGGUAUUCAACCACAAAUUGGCACGAGCAAUAUUUCUGGACCCAAUUUGGUUCCUCAAAAAUCUGGAAUACCGCCAACUGGCUCUGUUGGCCUUGGACAAUAUCAAAGUGGCUCUGUACAACAAGGCAUGCCACCUUUGCCGAUACAACAACCUCCAAAUCAGUAUGCAACACAACAGCAACAUCCUGGUCAAAUGUCCAAUGUCCCAUUAGACAAUAUGGCCAAACGUUAUCCAAGUGCUUACCCUGAUCAGAUGAACCAGUUGAAUAGUCAAAUGAGCAGUAUGAAUGUUGCUCACUCUGGCUUCAAUCAACUUUGGGGUAUGGAAUCUAUAGAUCUACUACAAAAUCGCAAUGUUUUACCUGCUGAAAAAGUAGAGCCGCCCAAAGUUAGAUUACAACAAGAAUUUCUGGACAGUGUAAACUGCAGUCCAGAUAUUUUCCGAUGUACAUUAACAAAGAUUCCUGAAACCAAUUCUUUACUAAAAAAGUCCAGAUUACCUUUGGGAGUUUUGAUCCAUCCCUUCAAAGACUUGAACCAUUUACCAGUAAUACAAUGCAGUACAAUUGUACGUUGCCGGGCUUGUAGGACCUACAUAAAUCCAUUUGUAUAUUUUGUUGAUUCGAAAAGAUGGAAAUGCAACUUAUGCUAUAGGGUAAACGAACUACCAGAAGAAUUCCAGUUUGAUCCAGUUACAAAAUCUUAUGGUGACCCAUCGCGUAGACCAGAAGUGAAAACUAGCACCAUUGAAUUUAUUGCACCUAGCGAAUACAUGCUUCGUCCACCACAACCGGCAGUUUAUUUGUUUGUUUUCGACGUAUCAAGGCUUGCUGUAGAAAGUGGCUAUCUGAGUGUAGUUUGCAAUACAAUAUUGAACGAGUUAUCGAGGUUACCUGGAGAUAGUAGAACACAAGUUGGAUUUUUGGCAGUUGAUUCUGCCUUACAUUUCUUCAGUAUGCCCGAUAAUGUAUCACAGCCACAUGAAAUGAUAAUGCUGGAUGUAGAUGACGUAUUUUUGCCUUGCCCUGACAACUUAAUUGUAAAUUUGAAAGAACGAGAAGAGUUGGUCAAGGAUUUGCUGGUACAACUGCCGGUUAAAUUCCAGGGAACGCAUGAUACCAACUGUGCUCUAGGAGCUGGGUUGCAGACCGCAUUUAAAUUAAUGUCUCCAACCGGGGGUAGAGUAACAGUUUUCCAAACUUGUCUACCUAAUUUGGGACCUGGUUUAUUACAAUCCAGAGAAGAUCCGAAUAAUAGAUCAGGCAAAGAAGUUCCACAUUUAAAUCCGGCUACUGAUUUCUACAAACGAAUUGCGUUGGACUGUAGUGGACAACAGAUUGCUGUUGAUUUGUUCCUACUGAAUAGCCAAUACAGUGACAUGGCUACAUUAUCUGGAAUGUGUAAAUUCUCGGGGGGAUGCAUAUACCAUAUACCUUUGUUUCGAGUGAAUAAACCUCAGCAUUCGGACAUACUAGAGCGGAUGUUGCGCCGUUAUUUGACGCGGAAAAUUGGAUUUGAGGCGGUAAUGAGAAUACGUUGUACACGUGGUCUCAGUAUCGAUACUUUCCAUGGAAACUUCUUCGUUCGCUCCACCGAUUUACUCAGUUUACCGAAUGUUAACCCAGAUGCAGGAUUCGGAAUGCAAGUAGCGAUUGAAGAGAAUCUAUCUGACGUUCAAAGCGUCUGCUUCCAGGCAGCGUUGCUGUAUACAUCAAGCAAAGGAGAAAGACGAAUCAGAGUGCACACAUUAUGUUUGCCAGUAGUAGCUAAUCUCAGCGACGUUUUGCAUUCGGCGGAUCAGCAAUGUAUUGCAGGACUUCUAGCAAAAAUGGCUGUGGACCGUUCGCAACAGUCUUCAUUAUCAGAUGCAAGGGAUGCAUUGAUCAAUGUUGCUAUUGAUGCAUUGUCAGCCUACAAAUUAUCGCAGUCUGUAGGGUCUGGCAGUUUAUUAGCACCUGGCAAUCUAAAGUUGUUACCGUUGUAUAUUAUUGCACUACUGAAAUGUAUGGCAUUCCGUUCAGGGACAAGUACGCGAUUAGAUGAUAGGGUAUUUGCAAUGUGUCAGAUGAAGGCACUACCUUUAUCUCACCUUAUCCAAAACGUGUACCCUGAUUUGUAUGCUAUUCAUGCCCUCGAUGAUGAGAAUGCAAAGGACAUUGACGGAAAGAUUUGUCCACAGCCAUCACGGUUACAUUUGUCAGCUGAAAAAUUGGACUCUCGAGGUGCAUUCACACUGGAUGCUGGUGAUAAAAUCUUUAUUUAUGUUGGAAAAAAUAUUCAUCCAUCAUUCUGUAGCAAUGUCCUUGGGGUUCAAGCUUUCUCCUGUAUUCCAGAAGAAAUGUAUGAAUUACCAGAACUAGACACCCCUGAAAGUGAGAGAGUGCGCAAUUUUAUAUUCUCUCUUCAAGAAGAAAAACCGUUUUACGCUUCACUACAAAUCAUUAGAGAGGACAGCCACUUCAGGCAGAUGUUUACGGAAAGAUUAAUCGAGGAUCGCAUUGAGUCGGCAUUGAGUUACUAUGAAUUCCUACAACACUUGAAAACCCGAGUAAAGUAGCCAAGUUUAAACAGCUGUGUUCAACUAUGGCCUGUGGGGGGACAUUGAAUAAGGUGAAUGUAUUAGGUAACUAAAUAUUGAACAGUGAAUUCAAAAGGAAGAUCGACUGUGUGGCGUUGACUCUGAAGAAUUCUCACGGGAUCUAAUCGGUAAAUGAUUAUAUCACAGGAUGUCUAAGUGACUGUGAAUCAAGUGUUACAAAUAUAAACUGUAUAGUACACUAAAUCCGAACAUUUUUAUCUCAAUGGUUAUCCAAACAGAUUGGAACGUUGUAAAAGAUAUGCCUGAAUAAUCAUCAAAUAACUUUAAUGCGAGGUGGGUUGAUAUGCCAUAUGCAAGUAAAAAAGUAGUCUUGUUUUAUUUUGCUAAAUUGAGGCAUUUGAAUGAUAGAUUAUCGUAAUUAUUAUGAGUAUGAUUAUGUGUUAUGAACAAUAAUUGCUAAUGUUAUGUGUAAUUAUGUUGUUGUAUCUUGUAUCUAGUACAUUCAAUUUUGUUUGUUUUUUUGUCAGACAUUUUGUAUAGUGAGACGUUAUCGUGACCAGCGGAAUACUACUGAUCACAUGUAAAGUAUAUAAGGUAUAUUCCAAUGAUACGUGACGCUAUAAAAUCGGUCUCAUGCCAUUUUCUGAGAGUAGAGCUCUCGGAGAAUUUUCUACAAUAUUGGCUGAAAACAUUUAGUCAUAAUUACCGAAUUUCAUAUUGUUAUCAGACACUAGUUGAAGAAAAAAAAAACUAAAAAAAAAAAGAAAUAGGAAUAACAGUAAAUUCACAAAAAAUAUCUGUUCGUAAACGAAGUCCACUGUGCUGUUCAGAAUAUUUUUAGCAGCUUCAAUAUGUAGUUUUGAUUUGUACAUUUCACAUGUUUCGAAAUUUUUAUUUUAACUAGUUGAUAUUUAUUUAUAAAAUUCAAAUUUCUGCAGGAGUACGUACAUGAAAAAUUUUGCUAUACAUACGCAUAUGCUAUACAUAUAUAUAUAUACAUAUAUAUACAUGAAUAUAUAUACUAGUGAAGAAGUAGAGUGACAACAGUAAAAGUGGAAAUAAUACUUUAUAAUUCUUCUUUCAAAAUAUCGCCGGAACACGAUUGUAAAAUAAUGAUCACGUUGAAACUCAAUAAACAAUUUUUUUUUAAAUCAAAUGAGAAUGGGAAAAAAUUGACAAAAAGGUAGAAUCGCAUAAAAUUAUGCAGUAAAAGCAUCACUUUGAUAAAGUAGAGUGAAAAGAAAAAAAAAUUAAUAAAUGUAUAAAGUAAAAUGGAUCAAAGUAAACUUAUACUGUGUUGAAUUCAUUAUACUAGAUAAUUUCGUGAGUUCGCCGCCGCUUGUUAUAUUUAACUAUUAACUAACUAUUGUUGAAUAUUAGUUGUCAUUAUGAAUCACUUAUGUACAUUACAUAUAAUAUAUGGGGCAAAAAUA